UUGAAAUCUUUUACCAUUGGAACACGCAUUGCAAUCGAGGAGGCGGUGUUCGGAACUCUGCUGUUUGCGCUGGAGGUAUUGUAUUAAAAUGUUGGUCCUCGUUCUUGGAGACUUACAUGUGCCCCAUAGAUGCCACAGCCUACCAGCCAAGUUCAAGAAACUCCUCGUCCCCGGAAGAAUUCAGCACAUUUUGUGCACCGGCAAUUUGUGCACGAAGGAAUCGUACGACUAUCUGAAGACGUUGGCAAGUGACGUACAUAUUGUUCGCGGGGAUUUCGACGAGAACCUGAACUACCCCGAGCAAAAGGUGGUAACAGUUGGCCAGUUUCGAAUUGGGCUUUGCCAUGGCCAUCAAAUUGUGCCGUGGGGGAACCAUGACAUGCUGGCCCUGCUGCAGAGACAGCUGGACGUUGACAUUCUGAUAUCUGGUCACACCCAUCGUUUCGAAGCGUACGAACACGAGAACAAGUUCUACAUCAACCCAGGAUCUGCAACGGGUGCGUACAACGCUCUGGAAAGCAAUGUGGUACCGUCGUUUGUUUUGAUGGAUAUCCAGUCAUCUACUGUGGUAACCUACGUUUAUCAACUCAUCGGCGACGAAGUGAAGGUGGAGCGAAUCGAGUAUAAGAAAGCGUAAGCCGGAAUUACGACCUCAUUGCUGUGACACUUCACGUGCUCCUGUAAAUAAAUGCAGGUUUAUUUGCCCCCCCCCCGUAAACAAAUAAUUCUAUGUACCAUUCCAUUGCAAGUGAACUUCUCGUGUGUAAGAGAACUAUGUAUGCAGUGCUGUCAAGUGCUUUUCAAGAUGAUGUAGCAUAUGUAUCCAAUAUUUGUAUAAAUUUGGGCAGAUUAUGAAACGAU